GCCCCCUCGCCCGGCCCGGCUCCCAGCCAUGCUGGACGGGUUGAAGAUGGAGGAGAGUUUGCAGAACGACCUGGACCCCGCGGCUCCCUUCACCUCCUUGCUGGGCAAAGCCGCUACCCCCAAGUCGGUGUGCGAAGGGUGCCAGCGAGUUAUUUCGGACCGGUUCCUGCUGCGCCUGAACGACAGCCUGUGGCAUGAGCAGUGUGUCCAGUGCGCGUCCUGCAAGGAGCCCCUGCAGACCACCUGCUUCUACCGCGACAAGAAGCUCUACUGCAAGCUGGACUACGAGAAGCUCUUCGCGGUGAAGUGCACCGGGUGCCUGGAGGCCAUUGCACCCACCGAGCUGGUGAUGCGCGCCCAGAAGAGCGUCUACCACCUGCGCUGCUUCUGCUGCUGCGUCUGCGAGCGGCGCCUGCAGAAGGGCGACGAGUUUGUGCUGAAGGAGGGGCAGCUCCUCUGUAAGGGCGACUACGAGAAGGAGCGGGAGCUGCUGAGCUUGGUGAGCCCGGCUCUGUCGGAUUCUGGCAAAAGUGAUGAUGAGGACAGCAUCUGCAAACUGGGCCAAGCCUCGGGGAAGGGCGCCGAGGAUGGGAAGGAUCACAAGCGGCCCAAGAGACCCCGGACAAUCCUGACCACACAGCAGCGCAGGGCAUUCAAGGCAUCAUUUGAGGUCUCCUCCAAGCCCUGCAGGAAGGUGCGGGAGACACUGGCGGCUGAGACAGGGCUGAGCGUCCGGGUGGUGCAGGUCUGGUUCCAGAACCAGCGAGCAAAGAUGAAGAAGCUCGCCAGGAGGCAGCAGCAGCAGCAGCAGGAUCAGCAAAACACACAGCGCCUGAGCUCAGCCCAGACAAACAGUGGCAGCAGCACAGGGCUGGAGGGGAUGCUGAACCCCUACACCACUCUGCCCCCGCCCCAGCAGCUGCUGGGCAUGGAGCAAAGCGUCUACAGCUCUGACCCUUUCCGGCAAGGGCUCACCCCGCCGCAGAUGCCUGGAGACCACAUGCACCCCUACGGUGCUGAGCCCCUCUUCCACGACUUGGAUAGUGAUGAUACCUCACUGAGCAACCUGGGCGACUGCUUCCUUGCUACAGCAGAAGCGGGGCCACUCCAGGCACGAGUGGGGAACCCCAUUGACCAUCUCUACUCCAUGCAGAACUCCUACUUCACCUCCUGA